AUGGAGGCUAUCCACCCGACAACAUGCGCCAGCUGCGGGAUACAGGCAACCAUGCGGUGCGCUGGAUGCACAGAUGCGCCGGAUUACGAUCCUGGAGACUCCACGACAGUUGUUUACUGCGAUCGAGAUUGUCAAAAGAAGCACUGGAGUGAGCAUAAAAGCCGUUGCCGUGUCAUGAAGCAACGUAAAAUAUUGCUGAGGGCAGCCACCAUCCUUCGAUCAGCAUUGUUGACCUAUCGAGAGAUUCGAUAUGAUAUCGACCUCACAAAUAUCGAAGCUAAGGAUGAGAUGCUCUAUCUUUACCAGAACCAAAGAGCUGCCACCUCUCGUGUCAAAUGGGGAUCUUUUCCAGACCAUUUAACCUCCAAUGUCCAGCACAGGGAGGCAGCUCUCACUAUCAACCAGUGCACGAUGGCCACCGCGUUAUUGAGUCGUCUUACCAGCAAGCUUCUCGCAGGAGUACACUCGAAUGCCCAGGUAUUGGACAUCAAAAUCGGAAAACCACUUCUGCCACCAAAGCUGAUUCCUGGCCCCGACUUAAGCAACUGCCUCCAUACGGUGAUUAAGGUUGGGCUGUUAUCUUCGACCGAGUCGUGGGUAAUUGACACGGCAGGGUGCCAAUAUGGAUUCCGAGAGGUUCUGGCUCCGUCUAACAAGUACAUUGCAGACAAGGCCUGCCGAGUAGAAGGCGCGCCCACGCCCUACAAUUGGACCGAAACGAAAGACCUGGACUAUUUCUCUACCCUGCCUCUCAUGAACAGCUCACGAGCCCAAAAGCAGGACCGAGAGGUGGAGCGAAAGGCUCGGUUGCACUUUGCCGACUUCGUUGACAGACAUGUCAAUGUCAAUAUACUAGAUGGUUCUGCUUCGGAAUUUAGCAAUAAGGUCGCCAGUCUGGUUGAGAGAUUGAGAAUACAUAUGCUGAGCUUUGCGGAGUCUCAAAAUGGAACUCGGGCAUGA